AUGUCAUUGAAUCAGCAAUACCUCGUGUACCUCGCCAAAUACCCGCUUUUGACGAAGCUGGCCACACUGGGGGUGUUUGCAGCACUCAACGAGAUGAUCGCUCUGGGCGUCUCUGGAGACGUGAAAAAGACGGAAUUCAACCUUUUGGGCGCUAAGCUCAGAAUAAGACACGUCUUGAGCCCCCGGAUCUUGCAAAUGGUGUUCUACGGCGCCUGCAUUGCCACUCCGAUCUCCCACAACUUGUACAGUGUGCUCAACAAGUUCUUCACCGGGAAGCUCACGCCGAGAAUGAAGCUUCUUCAGUUGUUGACGUCCUUGUGCACGGUGACACCGUGUCUUAGUGCAGUGUACGUGGCGUGGUUGUCUUUCUUGAACGGCUACAAGUCACAGGGAGCUGGUUUGUUUGGAGAGAUCCAGCGUUUGUUCCGCGUCUUGGCCUCUGGAGUCAAGAACAACUUCCCAACGGUGUACAAGACGUCUUUGGGCACCACCGUGGUGGCCAUGACGGUGGCACAGAACUUCUUGCCUCCUGAGCUCUGGGUGGUGUUCUUCUCGUUGGUGUACUUUGUUGUGGGUACGAUCCAGAACACGAGAAUCAAGAUGCGUGCUCGGAGAGAGAGGGAGAAGAACGAGAAGAAGGAGUAG